AAAACCUGAAGUCAAGGCUGCGGUGUGACGUCCUCUUAAAUUAAAGCAUAAAUAGCGGUGUUUGGUGAAUCCUCACUGAACUCUGAACCGAAGAUGGAAACCCAUCGGAUUUUAGGCAUUCUGCUGUCUAUCUGCAGCCUCUCCCUUGGUCAAGAAUGUAGACAACAGCUUCUGGAAAAUGUAGAUUUCCCUGGAUCAGACAUUCAAUUUGUCUUCUCUCCUGAUGUUGAUCACUGUCAGCAACUUUGCACCCAGCACCCGGCCUGUCUCUUCUUUUCCUUUCUUCGUGCUGACUGGACCCGAGACAACAAGAACUUUUACUGCUACCUCAAGACCAGUUCCUCUGGAGAGCCCAAUGUGCGGAAUCCGGUGCAGGGGAUCACCUCUGGAUUUUCUCUCAAACCCUGCAGCCCAGAUUCAAAGCCUUGUCUGCCUCAGAUGUACCCGGGCCUGGACUUCCCAGGUGCUGACUACAAAACCUUCUUUACAGAAGAUGCUGAGGAGUGUCGCAGGGCCUGCACACAGGACCCUGCCUGUCAGUUUUUCACUUUCAUAAAUGAUGUCUUCACACCUGAGAGGAUCAGGUACAAGUGCCACCUUAAAUUCAGCUGGUCAGUGCCAACACUUCCAAUUGUUGAAAGAAAAGCUGGUGUAGUGUCUGGAUUCUCCAACAAGGCAGAACCACCUCAAGGGAGCAAACCAGUAUGUCAGGGAAAGCUUUUUCCAAACACCGACAUCCCAGGAAAUGACGUAUUGGUUCUUCUUGCUGCCUCCCCUGGACACUGUCAGAAUCUGUGCUCUGCUCACACAGUCUGCACCUUCUUCUCUUUUGUCAGUAAAGACUUCAAAUGUUACCUGAAGGUAAACAACGAUGCAAUGAUUCUCAAAGCAAAAGAUGGAAUCACAUCUGGACGACCAGCAGACUUUUGUCAGUCAGAUAACAGCUGGGUUAACGUUGCUCAUGAAGGAGUUGAUUUCAAUGGUAGUGACAUUCGCUUUGAACUGAUGGAUGAUGCGGCCACUUGUCAGAGGACCUGUAAUGAGGAUGCAAACUGCCAGUUCUACACAUAUGUCCAGGCAGACUUCCAUGACAGCGUUUACAGGCGCCGCUGCUACCUCAAGCGUGCCAUCACCAUGCCCGCUCCUCCUAAAGUCACCAAACUGGCCAAUGCUGUAUCAGGCUUCCAACUGAGGAACUGCCUGUGAAUUGCUCCAGAAACACAAAAAGAUAUUGUUGUUUUGGUCUUUAAUAUGGCCACUUGAUCUGUUGUUCAGUUCAGUUGACAUUUCAAGCUGUACAUGAUU